AUGCCUAGAGUAUAUAUUUCUGAUCCCAGAGGGAAACAGUAUAGAAAAAGAAAUGAAGAUGAUUUAAAUGCUGCUGCUACUGAAGUUAAAAAUGGAAUUUCUCUAAGGAAAGCUGCUGAAAACUAUAAUGUGCAUUACUCAACACUCCAAAGAUGGGUUAAAGCUAACGGAAAAAGGAGAACAAUUGGAGGUCAAACAGUUUUAGAUGCAGACAUGGAAAAUAUGAUUGUUGAAAGAUUAGUAAAAUGUGCUGAAUGGGGCUAUCCCAUGGACACUAUGGACCUACGAAUGAUAGUAAAACAUAUUUGUGAUAAAAAAGGUAUAGUUAUAAAACGGUUUAAAGACAAUAUGCCUGGUCAUGAGUUUGCACUGUCAUUUUUAAAAAGACAUGCAAAGAGCAUUACUCCCAGGAUUUGUCAAAAUAUAAAAAGGGCAAGGGCUGCUGUUUCGCCAGAACAAAUUGAUAAUUAUUUUAAUAAAUUAGAAGUAUCAAUUGAAGGUAUACCAUCAUCAAAUAUUAUUAAUUAUGAUGAAACUAAUUUAUCUGAUGAUCCUGGCAGAUCCAAGGUAAUUGCUAAAAAGGGAAUGAAGUACCCGGAACGAAUCAUGAAUUCAACCAAGUCUGCAACAUCCAUCAUGUUUGCCGUAUCUGGGGAUGGUGUUGUUUUACCUACUUAUGUAGUUUAUAAAUCAACAUAUUUAUAUGGGCCUUGGAGAAAUGGUGCUCCAAAAGGAACACGAUUCAAUUGUUCUAAAUCAGGUUGGUUUGACACAAAAUGUUUUGAAGACUGGGUGUUUACUGUUGCUAUUCCGUACUUGAAAAAGUUAGACGGUCCGAAAGUGCUUAUAGGCGAUAAUCUAUCUUCCCACUUAUCUUGUGAUGCUAUUAAUAUGUGUGCUGAAAUUGGAGCAAAAUUUGUAUUUCUGCCAGCUAACUCAACACACUUAACACAACCGUUGGAUGUAGCAUUCUUCAGGCCUCUAAAACAAACAUGGAGAACGAUUUUAAAGGAAUGGAAAAAAGGCCCUGGUCGAAAAGAACCAUCAGUUCCAAAAUCAAUUUUCCCUACCCUUUUGAACAAAUUAAUUACUGCUUUAGAACCCAAUCGUAGAUCCAAUAUUAUAUCUGGAUUUGAAAAGUGUGGCAUAAUCCCUUUAAAUCGAAACAAAGUACUUAGCAUGAUACCAAAUGCAAAUACUCCUGAAUCAAGUAUUGUAGAUAGUUUUGUGGUUGAGGAUUCUGUUUUAAAUAUAUUAAAAGAUCUUCGAUAUGAAACACCACCUAAGACCAGAUCCAAAAGAACUAGAUUAAAUGUUGAACCUGGUAAAAGUGUGGGUGUAUCUUCAUCAGAAUCAGAAAAUGGCGAUGAUGAAGAACACGUGGACAAGCCAGAUUUCUUAUUAACAAAUAUUGAUGCUCCAGAUAUUAUGAAUGUUGAUGAAAUGAAUACCGAUACUCAAGAUAAUACUGAUCCUGAUGAUGAAAUAAAUAGUCCAGAUACUCAAGAUAAUAUUGAUCCUGAUGAAAUAAAUAGUCCAGAUAGUAAUGAUCAAACAAUUCCAGUAACAAUUGCUCCAAAUGUUAAGUAUGUAGAGAUUAAUAAUUCAAUUAAAAUUGUUCAAAAUAUAUAUGACAUAGACAUAUCAGACAUUAAUGUUGGUGAUUGGUUGUUGGUUCAGUACCAUUCAGAUAUGUAUAUUUGUAAGGUAAGUAAAAUUGGUGUCAUUGAAUUUGAAGGGGAAUUUUUGAGAAAAAAACCUUCUCUCAAAAAAGAUUCAGAUUUUAUGCUAUUUGUUUAUCCACAAGUCCCUGAUUUAUAUGAAUUUAUGUAUGACCAAAUAAUUGGGAAACUAGAUCCUCCUGCUAUAAAAAGAGGCAUUCAUAAAUUUAAUGUUAUUUUUUAA